GUAACACUGUAAUAACGACUCGCUUAUGUCGCAAUUUACAUUUCUGUCCGCAGGUGCCUGGCUUGGAUUUAAAGCUUUAAAGCACCAUUACAUAUCGCAUCCAGCUUUCCCCGUCGACUACCCCCAACCACUAGUUCGACGGCGACGGCUCUACCCGUCUAAUAGCUUACGCCAACGUUCUGGAAUAACAAUCACGACCCGAACGUCGCGCACGCCCUCUUCCUCCUCUUUGUGGCCCACUAAUAACUACCAUGAUCUUUCAUCCGCUCAGUAUAACGAACCCUCAUAUUAUCUAUGCAUGCCUAGGUGGCUUCGUCGUCAUGUUUGGGAUGUUUUCUCUGUUCAUCCGGGAGAAGUUGUACAUCGGCGAGGCAUGCUGGGCAUUCCUUUUUGGCGUCAUAAUUGGUCCGUAUGGUGCCAAUCUUAUCGAUCCCCGUGUGUGGGCAGGUAAUAACGGAGACGCGGACAAUACCAUCACCCUGGAGUUCACAAGAGUCGUAUUGGCUAUUGGCGUAUUUGCUAUUGGCGUGGAGCUUCCGAAGGCGUAUAUGGCACGUCACUGGAAGAGUCUGUUCUUUCUUCUUUUCCCGGUGAUGACUUGGGGGUGGUUUGUAUCCGCAGGGCUGAUUUACGCGUUCAUUCCCGGGAUGACCUUCUUGUGCAGCCUCGCCGUAGCGGCAUGUCUGACUCCCACUGAUCCGAUUUUGGCCGCCGCCGUGGUUGGCGGCAAGUAUGCUGACAAACAUGUCCCUGCUCAUAUUCGACAUCUCUUAGCUGCAGAAAGUGGUUGCAACGACGGCGCGGCUUAUCCCUUUCUGUUCAUAUCAUUAUAUCUUAUUCUGGAAGCCACACCGGGAGCCGCUGUACGGGACUGGUUCCUUUUCCUGUGGCUCUAUCAAAUCUUGUUGAGUGUGGUAUUCGGAUCGCUCAUUGGCUUUGGUUUCCGUCACCUCAUGAAAUUCUGUGAACGCAACGACUUGAUCGACCGUCAGUCCUAUGUUGCUCAGUACGUCUCUCUUGCGUUUCUGACCAUCGGCAUUAUGACAAUGCUGGGGUCGGACGACCUGCUGGCAGCAUUUUGCUGCGGUACUGCCUUUGCAUGGGACGGAUUCUUCAAUCGACAGACAGCGGAAUCGGUGUUUAGUUCCGUCAUCGAUUUGCUUUUCAACGUCGCUGCUUUCAUUUACGUGGGUGCAUGGAUGCCCUUCGAUAGCUUCACCAACGCAACGUUGAAGCUGAGUGUAUGGCGGCUUAUCGUGAUCGCCAUAUUGGUGUUGCUGCUGAGGAGGCUUCCCAUCAUGAUCAUGUUGUACAAGUUCAUACCUGACGUGAAGACCUUUCGGGAGGCUGUCUUCAGUGGCCAUUUUGGGCCCAUAGGUAUCGGAGCUGUGUACAUCUCUACCUUGGCUGUUGAAAUGCUCCCCAAGCCAAAUUACCCACCAACCAAUCAGACAGAGUUCUUGGCACUUACGAUUCAGCCGAUCGUCUCCUUUAUGGUCCUUUGCAGCGUUGCCACUCAUGGUCUAUCGAUUCCCUUCUUUUCUCUCAGCCGUCGUGUCCAUUCUGUAUCGUCGCGGACAUGGUCUCGUCAUGCCGCAGCUGACUGGACGUCCCAAGCUAGGUUGGUUGCACGUCCGGAGGAUAUUGUUAUCAAUCGGGACCGCAUCAGUGAAAUGGAGAAAGGCGAAGCUGCGGAGAGCUCCGGAACAGCCAGCAAACGAACAAGCGUAGCCACGGCUGUUCCUCCGGUCGUCACAGAUAUAAGAUCCACAGAUGUCGUUGAGGAAGACAAGGUCUCGCCGAGCGGAACGCUAACGGCAGAAGAAUGUAUUGAAGAAAACCCGCCGGAUGGCUCAGAGACCGAGUUAGAAUGGAGAGAAGGACCACAUAAGGUUAUCGAAAGGCGUCAUGGACCUGGGCAAGAGGUCGAGAUCGAAGUUGUCCGCAAUGCUUAUGAUACCCAACAAAAGAGUGUUUCUUCCUUCUUCAGAGGUCAAAAGCACGCCGUAAUACAGUCAGUGCAUGACCACCUCCAGGGGCUUCAACAUGCUGCUGAAUGCGUCGAGGGUGGAUUGAAAGAAAUUAGCGGAACAGUAAAACGCGAUAUCUGUGGUACAGAAGAACGGAUUCUCCACGACGGCAAUAACGGCGCGACGUCGCCCGCGGACGGUGCUGAUGGCGAAGAAGAGUGGCUGUCAGAUAGGAGUGAUGGUGACACAGGUACUGGUUCAACCGCAGGACAACAUGGUGACCGCAGAAAACGCCCACGAUCUGGAGACGUCAAAUCAGCGCUUAAGCACACAGGAAGCCAUAGGCGGACUAGGUUGGGUGGAAAGACUCGCCGACGCGCUUCCAUCGCGUCUACCAGCGAAGAGUCUAUCAAACAACCAGCAGAGCAAGACCCAGCGCCUACCAUGAGAGCGGAACAAGGUCAAGAAGCAGAAGGUCAUCGUGGGCGUAGCGUUCGCUCCGAACGUCCGAACACCGACCACGCUGUCCGCCGGUCCCUCAAGCACCGACGGUUGGAGUCCCUGAAGUUGGACCCGGUCUCCCGCGACGUGUCGCCAGCUCGUUCAGUGCGCUUCGCUGACGAAGGGGCCAGAUCUGGCACUAUCACUCCUCGCAGUUUCUCUGCAAAUGAUCAAUGGCAUCAAUCCCCAGCAGAUGAUGAUUCCUCAAAAGGGCGAGUCACUUUCGAUGUACCUCAUCAAACAUAGCAAACCAUCGGCAUCUUUUCCUUAUCCUUGAGUGUCUCUUCCUUGUGCCUUGUAUCCAUUGCAUUCAGCUUUUCCGAUAUCAUCCCUGUUGUGCCCAUAUCAACAGUUAAUGGUGCCGGGGCUUCAUAUUUGUCUCUUAUAUUAUACGUACCAAUUGCAUAGCAAUCUCGCAUUACAUGCUGUAUCAUUCGCUAGGAGGGGUCAUUUGGAGGACAUCGAUACAAUGUCAAGCACUCACACAAAAACUGUGCCCAAACCGUGCGGUCACGCACAGGAAGCAGAAUUGUUGACACCCCUCCCAGUACAGCGGAGGUGAGGAAG